GGUGAGCUGCCUUCAUUGCGCCUGUUUUUGACGGGUGAAUCCGCGUGCGGGACUCUCCCCCAGAGGAAGAUUGAUGUGUCCACUGGGCGGAUCGACGCUGCUGUUGAGAUCCCCUUCGUCAUCGGCGACGCGGAUCCUCGCACAGUGUUGGUGUUUGCGUGUGGUCCGGCUGGCCUGGUGAGGAGUGCGAGGGACGCCGCCCUGUCGCUUGGUGUGGACUUCCACGAAGAGACAUUUCUGCUUUAG